GAUCGUGUACUAUAUAACGGGAAUCUUCAGCCCUCAAAAGUAUCAGAUUCCACAUUUCAUUCGAAAAGUGUAGUGAUCCAUCAUGAGAAUUACUCUCGCCUGUCUCAUUGCGAGCAUCUUGCUCAUCAGUGUCGUCGACUUCACCCAGGGAACGAGCAGCUGUGGUUGCCCAGAUCCAACCACAACUAAAUGCCCGACAACCACUAAGUGCACAACAACCAAAUGUCCCACAACAACCCCAUGCAAAACAACAACCACUUGCAGGACCACUACAUGCCCCACAACCACUCGCAGGACAACGACAACUACUCGCAAGGCAACGACAACCACUCGCAGAACAACCAAGGCCCCAGCACCAACCACUCGCAGGACAACUCAGAGAACUACGUCUAAGAGACCGAGCAAGACAACACGUCGACCAUCACGCAGGCCGACACGUAAGCCUUCACGUAAACCUUCCUGCAAGCCAUCCCGUAAGCCAUCUCGUAAGCCAUCACGCAAGCCAUCACGUAAGCCAUCACGCAAGCCAUCCGGCAAGCCAUCCGGCAAGCCAUCCCGCAAGCCAUCCCGCAAGCCAUCCCGCAGACCUGGAAAGCCAUCUCGCAGACCUGGAAAGCCUGGCAAGCCAUGCCGUCAAUGCGGUCCCGGUGGUAAGGCCUGCCCCGGUUGCCCAGAGCAAGGACCACUGUGCAAGGAUCUCUUGGCUAAAAUAUCAGCCCUUGAGAAGCUGAUCAGAGCAUGCGUCUGCGGUCAGAACCGAAACCUCUUGUCGAGCAUCUUGCUCAUCAGUGUCGUCGACUUCACCCACGGAACGAGCAGCUGUGGUUGCCCAGAUCCAACCACAACUAAAUGCCCGACAACCACUAAGUGCACAACAACCAAAUGUCCCACAACAACCCCAUGCAAAACAACAACCACUUGCAGGACCACUACAUGCCCCACAACCACUCGCAGGACAACGACAACCACUCGCAAGGCAACGACAACCACUCGCAGGACAACCAAGGCCCCAGCACCAACCACUCGCAGGACAACUCAGAGAACUACGUCUAAGAGACCGAGCAAGACAACACGUAGACCAUCACGCAGGCCGACACGUAAGCCUUCACGUAAACCUUCCUGCAAGCCAUCACGCAAGCCAUCACGUAAGCCAUCACGUAAGCCAUCACGCAAGCCAUCCGGCAAGCCAUCCGGCAAGCCAUCCCGCAAGCCAUCCCGCAGACCAGGAAAGCCAUCUCGCAGACCUGGAAAGCCUGGCAAGCCAUGCCGUCAAUGCGGUCCCGGUGGUAAGGCCUGCCCCGGUUGCCCAGAGCAAGGACCUCUGUGCAAGGAUCUAUUGGCUAAAAUAUCAGCCCUUGAGAAGCUGAUCAGAGCCUGCGUCUGCGGUCAGAACCGAAACCUCUUGUAAAAUCCACAUCAUGAAUACGGAGCACUCUCUCGACUUGUUGACUAAUCCUUAAGAAUUUUGUUUUUCUUCAAUAAAAUUUAAGUAUUUUGCAUACCAAUUAA